UCUAUGGUUCUAAAGGUCUAUGGUCGCCGUUUAAAAGCGCGGAUCUUUCCCGCCCAAGCGCACUCGUCGCUAAACUUUAGGGGCAUAUGCCAUGCACUGAUCACUUAAAGUCUAACUAGUGGUGAUAUACGAAGUCCAGAAUACACUCAGUAAAAGAAACAAAAAUGGCCCAAAUGUACUUAGCUGUGACCGUCGUAGUGUUGUUGGCGAUCUCACACGGCGUCAGUGCGAAACGUGGGUGUUCUGCCUUUGGUCACUCAUGCUUCGGUGGCCACGGCAAGAGGUCGGGUGAUACUGCUGCCAUGGAUCAGUUAUCAAGUCAGGAGUUGAUGGUGCGCCACCAGUUGGGGCAGGAGGAGACGCCGCCCCACCCUGUGUACCCCCACUCUGGCUACAACGUGCUACCGUCAGGGGAUGACAUCAUCCCCAUCAGGGAUGGAGGUGAGGAUGACAGUGUAUACGACCACGAAGAGAGUGCGCGUGCCCGCGAGGUAAUGAAGAUGAAAUUCCGAAACAUCUUCAAACAUUGGAUGGACAACUACAGGCGGUCACAGCAAAACCCAGACGACGGUUACUACGUUGAAUCCCUAUAAAUUAUAUUAAACAUAUGACAUAUUACCAGUCUCUAACAAAUCUUUUAAACUACCUACACGACUACUAAAAAUAAACUUGAUUUUCAAAUAACAACUCUAAAUUGAUAAACAUAAAACAUAAUUUACAAUAAAUUAUAAAAAAUAUACAUUGUUUUGUGAUUAUUACAUAAACAUACAUAUAUAACUUACAAAAAAAUAUUUCAGAGAAGUAUAAAUUAUAAUAGAUUUUUUGUUAUAAAAUAUUUGAAAAUCAAGUUUAUUUAAAUAUAAAAUAUAAUAUUCCAUUAACGAUCGCGUUUAUCUUUUAUAGUAGAUACAUUAUAAUUAUAAUAUAAAAGAAUAUAUCUUGUCAAUUAAAUAAUAAUUUUCACGAAAAAAAAAUCAAUUAAAAUUGUUGAUUAUAUUGAAAAUACCUCUAUGAUCUAUUGCUGGAAAAAGGCUGGAAAAUAUCUUUAUUUUAAUCAUAAAAAAUAAUAAAAUAUAUAAUAAUAAACACUAAAAUAUCUUCUCUUUUCUUUAUAUAAUUUUUCUAAAUUUAAUUGUCAUGGUACCUGAAAAUAAUUUUCAAAUAAAACAAUCCUUGUUAUUUACUUCCUAAUAAUAAAUAUUAAAAAAAAAAAUGUUUCGGCUAGCAUAAGUUUACCAUCGAGAUCCGAUUAUAAAUAAUUAUUAACUUAUUAUAUUACAUAAUAAAUAUGUAGAAAUUGACUGUCUCUAUGAAAUAAGAAUGUUUUGUGUAUUUAUUAAAUGGUUAGAUACAUACUAUGUGGCAA